AUGAAAAAAGACUUGAAACAUCAAUUACAUAAAGAAAUAUUUAAAACCAAGAUUAUAAAGGAAUUAAUAGUAUUGGGUAAAGAAAGAAAAGUUAUAGUUCAAGUAGAUAAAGCAGAAGCAGCGGCAGCAGCAGCAACAGGAGUAUACAUUGAAACUUGUUUUGUUGGAAGAGAAGCUGUCAGCUGGUUAAUCGAUCAUCACAAGGAAUUUAAAACAAGAGACGAGGUUAAACAAUACCUAUCACAAUUACUUAAACAGAUAGAUAGAUUCAAGUUGGCCGAGUACACUGGUUGGUGGAACAUGAGAGAUAUCUUCAUCUUCUCUUGUUAUUGUAAUCAAAAUCAAACUAAUAAUAAUAAUAAUAAUAAUAAUCAUAAUCAUAAUCAUAAUAAUAGUAGUACUAAUAAUUUAGAAACAAUAAUAGAAACAACAACAACAGCAAUGGAUUCACCACUCAAAGCAUCAGGUCAUCAUUUUAAGGAUGAUGGAUCAUUUUAUGCUUUUACAGAUAAUAAUAGUAACAAUAAUAAUAAUAAUACCAACAACAAUCCACUUGGUGGCAGUAUACCGAUUGGAGCAGGCACAAAUAAUAAUAAUAAUAAUAGUAUGAGUAAUAGUCUCGAAACUCAACUUUUAGUCACGCCAAGUAGCGUGUUUGUCAACUCUUCCUCUGCCAAUCACAACAAAUACUCUAAAAGAGGAGGUGCCAAUUUAAACAAAGACGAGUUAUUUCAACUUGGACUAGAUUUAAUGCAUAGUGAAAAAGGAUUAAAAUUACAAAAGAGAAAGAAGAACUUUUUAGCAGCACCAACCAGUUGUUUUAGUGGCCAACAAAUCAUAGAUUGGCUCUCUGAGAAUUUGUGUAUCUCACGAAAGGAGAGUCUAGUGGUAGCCUAUAAAUUGGUCAAUUUAAAUAUAUUCUUUGAAACUGGAAUCAACCCAAAUAAUAAUAUUAAUAAUCUGGAUUCUGGUUCUGGUGGCAACAAUAGUGCAGGUAGUAGUCCUACUGGUAGUUCUACUUCAAUAUCUUAUAGUAAUAAUAACACAUCAACAACAACAACAACAAAUAUUAAUAUUCGAGGAGGGGGAAGCGGCAAUAAUAUAGAUACAUCAUCAACAUCAUCGUUAUCAGCGUCAUUUGGCGCCAUGUUAUCAACUACACCAAGCGCAGUCGCAUUUUCACUCCCUCAUCAUCAUCAUACUCCUCAACCAUCAACCUCAGCGCAUAGUGGAAUUAGAGGCUCAACCUCUUUAAUGCCACCUCCAUCAUCAUCAACAACAUCAACAUCAUUAUUGUCGUCGUCACUAAAGACGUCGACUUCAUCUUUUAUGCCACCACCAUCAUCUCCACUCAAAUCCUCCUCAUCGACAUCUUUUUCCAAUCCCAAUAACCACAACAGUAUGAGUAGCAACGGUUUUAGACUUCCGGUCGAAGACAAUCCCGAUGUAUAUUACGAGUUUCUAACCAAACCAGAGGCCAUUAUCAGCCACGUCUCGAUGAAGCGACUAAGUGAACUCCAUCUUGCCCAUAAAACUUUACAAUCCAUUCCAACUACUAUUAUCAAUACUUUAAAUUAUCUAAAGGUAUUAGACUUUUCAUAUAAUGCAUUACAAGAUCAUUCAUCAUUAGAGUCAGUAUCAACAUUUAACAACAAUUUUGUAAAUAUUCCAACCUCUCAACAUGUCGGGCAACGUCAUCGUGUCCAUCCCCGAGUCGAUCCAGCACCUGUACAAGUCGCUUGCGCAUCUCGACCUGCGCAACAACAAGAUCACCAAGCUGCCCAAAGAGGUUGGGCUCUUGGCCAAGCUGCACACUUUGGACGUGUCGGGCUACAACAAGAUUGUUGA